AUGUCAGAUUCGCAACCUGGCUCAACUUCUUCUACCGGUGGCAAGUCUGAUAGUGGAUAUAUCCCUGGAGAUGACACAUGGACCCAAUGGCGCAAUAUAUUUGCUAUCUUGACGGGAAAGAUGACGGAUGAGGGAAAGGAACAGUUCCGGAUUGCACGAGAUAUCCGCAAUGAAGCCGCAGAUUGCAAGCGCUGUGAAGAUCAAAGAGACUACCUAUUACAGUACAGUCCGAUCAUACGGUUUUUGAGCGACAAUAUUCGACAGCUAGGGGGCGAUCUUUCCAGUCACAACAUCUAUUGCCGCCGCUGUACGAGCAGAAAGGCUGGGGGUUUCGAUCCGGAAUAUGGCAUCUUGCUUUGCGCGAACGAGAUGAAGGACCAAGGGCAUCUGGAGGACACAAUGGCACAUGAGAUGGUUCAUGCAUACGACCACCUAAGAUUUAAGGUGGACUGGACAGAUAAUCUGAGGCAUGCAGCUUGCACAGAGGUAUUGAACUCUCUCGCUAAACCCAAGCCAGCAUCAACUGACUUAUUGCAGAUCCGAGCAAGCUCACUCAGUGGUGAGUGCAGAUGGGCGCGGGAAUUCUUCAGACGUGGUCAGUGGAAGUUCACGCAGCAACAUCAGGAGUGUGUAAGAAGAAGGGCCAUCUUGUCAGUAAGAGCUAGACCUGGAUGCAAGGAUGAAGCCCAUGCGGAGAAAGUGGUCAAUGAGGUUUGGGACAGCUGUUUCAGAGACACGCGGCCCUUCGACGAGAUUUACCGUUGA